GUUGACACGGCCCCGGCGGCCGCAGCGCCCGCGGCCCCCUCAGCGCCGGGGGCGCCCCCGAGCCCCGCGGCGCCCCCCAAGCCCCGCGCCGCGCCCGCGCCCCAUGCGCGCCCCGCCAUGACCAUCCUCCCCAAGAAGAAGCCGGUCCCGGCUCCCGACGGUGAUGGCGAUUCCGGCCCUGACGCGGGGCCCGAGCGCGGAGCGGACGCGGGGCCCGAGCGAGGUCCCGGAGGCGUCGGCGAACCCGGCGGGCCCGGCGUGGGGGGGCCGCGACCUCGCGCCUCGCCGCCGCCGCCUCUGCGGGGCUGGGCCGGGCUGCCCGGAGCCGCCGGGUCUCCUCCUCCCGCGGGGCCCGGCUCCGGUAGCGGCGGUCCCGGUUCUACCGACGGCCCCGCGGCGCUGCUUGGGCUGGAGGCGGCGGCGCUGGGGCUGCCCGAGCCCCGCGGGCCCGGCUGCGGCGGCGGAGCCGGAGGAGGCCCCGGGCACAGCAAACGGCGGCGGCGAGGAGGGGCCGGGCCCAGCGCGGGCCCCGCGGGCUCGGGCCCCGGCGGGAUCGGGCUCGGGAUGGGGCUGGGACCCCCCGGCUGCGGCAGCCCCGGGCCCGACGAGGCGGGAGGCGGCUACAACAGCGAGGAUGAGUACGAGGCGGGCAGGGUGGAGAUGGACCCGGCCACCGCCGAGCAGCAGGAGCACCGGUUCGAGAAGGCUCUGCGGGAGAAGAAAGGCUUCAUCAUCAAACGCAUGAAGGAGGACGGGGCCUGCCUGUUCCGGGCCGUGGCUGAUCAGGUGUACGGAGACCAGGACAUGCACGAGGUGGUGAGGAAGCACUGCAUGGACUACCUGAUGAAGAACGCCGAUUAUUUCUCCAAUUACGUCACGGAGGAUUUCACCACCUACAUCAACCGCAAGCGCAAGAGCACCUGCCACGGGAACCACAUCGAGAUGCAGGCCAUGGCCGAGAUGUACAACCGGCCCGUGGAGGUCUACCAGUAUGGCACUGAGCCCAUCAACACCUUCCACGGGAUCCAGCACAACGAGGACGAGCCCAUCCGGGUCAGCUACCACCGCAACAUCCACUACAACUCCGUGGUGAACCCCAACAAGGCCACCAUCGGCGUGGGGCUGGGGCUGCCCUCCUUCAAACCGGGGCUGGCGGAGCAGUCUCUGAUGAAGAGCGCCAUCAAGACGUCGGAGGAGUCGUGGAUCGAGCAGCAGAUGCUGGAGGACAAGAAGCGCGCCACCGACUGGGAGGCCACCAACGAGGCCAUCGAGGAGCAGGUGGCCCGCGAGUCCUACCUGCAGUGGCUGCGCGACCAGGAGAAGCAGGCGCGGCAGCCGCGCAAGGCCAGCGCCACGUGCAGCUCAGCCACGGCGGCGGCCGCCUCUGGCCUGGAGGAGUGGACGGCCCGCUCGCCCCGGCCCCGCAGCGCCGCCCCCUCCCCCGAGCACCCCGGGCUGCACCCCGAGACCCCCGGCCCCAAACCCCCCUCGCCCGGAGCCCCCCCCGCCGGAAAACCCCCCUCGCCCUGCGCCCCAGGGACCAGCAGCCAGCUGGGGGCGGGGGGCGGCCGGGCCACGCCCCCGCUGGUGUCGCUGUACCCCGCGCUCGAGUGCCGCGCCAUCAUGCAAGCAAAUGUCCCCGACCGCCUUCGGCUGAAGGGCCUGAACGACUGGGAGGACGACGAGAUCCUGGCGUCGGUGCUGGCGGUGUCGCAGCAGGAGUACCUGGAGACCAUGAAAACCUCGCGCCACAGAGACCCCGCCGCCGACAAGAGUUGAUAUUGAACCCCCGGACUGCGACCCCCCCCGCCCCCAAAAAACACCCCCAAAACACCCCCAAAACCCCCCCCCAAGAGAGACCCUCCGGACCCCCCACCCUCCUCCCCCUCCCACCCAAAAAACAAAAAAAAAAACCAACAACCAAAAAAAAAAAAAACAAAAAAAGGCGAAAAAACCAAGGCUGACCCCGACCCCCCCCCCCCUCCCCAAUUCCCACUCCCCCCUCCCCAAAAAAAAAACCCCCCAAGGGACUCUCGGUGCGGGGCUGGGGGGGCUCUGAGUUUGGGGGUGACACAAAAAAAACCCCCCCAGCAAAAAUGGGGGAGGGGGACACAGCGCUGGACGCCGCGGAUGAACCUCGGCUGAUUUUUUGUUGGGGGGGGGGGAAGAGAAGAUGAUGAUGAAGAUGAAGAUGGAGAAGACCCCUCCUCAAAAUGACUGGGGGAAUGCUGGGGGAGGGGCUGGUAUUUUUUUUUUUUUCUAGGGUCUCCUCUUUCUUCCCAUCCCUCCCCCUACUCCCCCUCCCCCCAAACCACCGUGGGAUUUUGCUGUUUUGGGGGAUGGGAAAGGGGGGGCGGGGGGGCAAAAAAGGGGGCGGGGGGAGGGGGUCCUCACUCUGCCCCUCCCCCCUCUCCUGAAUAUCAGCACCUGGGGGGGGGGGGGGGGAGGGGGGGGAAGGGGGUCCGGGGGUGCUGCCCCCCCACAUCCCCCGCACCCCGGUAUUAAACUCAUGCCCAGCA